GGCCGGGGCUGUGCGAGGCUGCGGCCUCAGAAGGUGUGGAAAGCAGCCCGAGAGGCAGGCCGGCUGGGACAGGAGGCGGCGGCGUGUGGGCAGGCUGCUCCUCGGCACGACUCACCCUGAGGCCACGCCGAGGCGCCCCGCGCCCGGGAAAGCUCACCAUGCUGCUGUGGGUGCCCCAGGCGCUGCUGGCCUUGCUUCUACCCACGCUCCUGGCACAGGGAGAAGCCAGGCGCUGGAGGCCCCUCCAGGCCCAGAACGCCUCCAGGCCAGCUCUGCGGCGGCUGUCAGACUACCUCAUGGCCAACUACGAGAAGGGCGUGCGGCCCGUGCGGGACUGGAGGAAGCCCACCACCGUGGCCAUCGAUGUCAUUAUCUAUGCUAUCCUCAGCGUGGAUGAGAAGAACCAGGUUCUGACCACCUACAUCUGGUACCGGCAGUACUGGACUGACGAGUUUCUCCAGUGGAACCCCGAGGACUUUGACAACAUCACCAAGCUGUCCAUCCCCACCGAGAGCAUCUGGGUCCCGGACAUUCUCAUCAAUGAGUUUGUGGACGUGGGGAAGUCUCCAAGUAUCCCGUACGUGUACGUUGGGCACCACGGUGAGGUCCAGAACUACAAGCCCCUCCAGGUGAUGACGGCCUGUAGCCUCGACAUCUACAACUUCCCCUUCGACGUGCAGAACUGCUCCCUGACCUUCACCAGCUGGCUGCACACGAUCCAGGACAUCAACAUCUCCCUGUGGCGCUUGCCGGAAAAGGUGAAGCUCGACAAGACCCUCUUCAUGAACCAGGGCGAGUGGGAACUUCUGGGGGUGCUGACCCAGUUCCGGGAGUUCAGUAUGGAAGACAGCAGCCAUUACGCAGAAAUGAAGUUCUACGUGGUCAUCCGCCGGCGGCCCCUGUUCUAUGCGGUCAGCCUGCUGCUGCCCAGUGUCUUCCUCAUGCUCAUGGACAUCGUGGGCUUCUACCUGCCUCCAGACAGCGGCGAGAGGGUCUCCUUCAAGAUCACGCUCCUCCUGGGCUACUCCGUCUUCCUGAUCAUCGUGUCAGACACGCUGCCGGCCACCGCCAUUGGCACUCCCCUCAUUGGGGUCUACUUUGUCGUGUGCAUGGCGCUGCUGGUGAUGAGCUUGGCUGAGACCAUUUUCAUCGUGCGGCUGGUACACAAGCAGGACUUGCAGCAGCCAGUGCCCGCCUGGCUCCGGCGCCUGGUUCUGGAGCGAGGGGCCCUGCUCCUUUGCCUAGGGGAGCAGCCGGCCUCUCGAAGGCCUCCAGCCACCUCCCCAGCCACCAAGACCGAUGACUGCUCAGACAUGGGAAACCACUGCAGCCAUUUGGGAGGCCCCCAGGACCUGGAGAAGACCCCGAGGGGCCGAGGCAGCCCCCCGCCGCCACCGCGGGAGGCCUCGCUGGCAAUGCGCGGGCUGUUGCAGGAGCUGGCCUCCAUCAGGCGCUUCCUGGAGAAGAGGGACGAGAACCGAGAAGUGGCCCGGGAGUGGCUGCGUGUGGGCUCCGUGCUGGACAGGCUGCUCUUCCGUAUCUACCUGGUGGCAGUGCUGGCCUACAGCAUCACCCUCAUCACUCUGUGGUCCAUCUGGCAGUAUUCUUGAGUGGGCACGGCCCAGCAGGGGUGUGGGGGGCAUCAGGCACUGGUUAGAAUGGGGACGGGAGAAUUUCAGGGCCCACCUGAUUACACGGACGUUUUCAAGACCCUGUCCAAGGCCAGUGUGUCUCAGCAACUCUGAACCAGGGCUGUGACUCUUCCCCAGAAAGCUUGGUGUUCAAGACCCUUACAUCCCCCACCCCCCACCCCCAGCUUACCAUGGCUUUAAAACAUGCUGUCUGAGAUCAGGACAAACCCAGGCAUUCCGUAACUUCAUUCUGUCAUUCUGUGCAUCAAGUCUUGGUUUCCCCCUUGUCACUUUCCUGCAGAAGGCACUUGCGACUUCUGCUCAUCUCCCUCAACCUUGGCUUUUCCAACCCUAAUUUCUCCUUCUUCAUCUCACCUGUGGCUGCUUCCCUGAACACUCAUGUUCCAUCAGAUGAUGGAGGUGGGCAGGUGAAGACAAUAAAAUACAU